AUGGUUGGCUCUUCCUUUGAAAUCGACUACAACUCCUCAGGCCAACACUGUCCUACACGACGCUACCCCUCAACGCCAGUGAGUUCUCGCAAUACGUCUCGGUCUUUCACGGCAGCGUCGACCUCUCGGGGCAACCCCUAUCCUGCUCUGGGCCGCCGGAACAAGGCUCCGGCGAUUCACACUACCUCCGACGACGACCGUUCAUGGCAGACAGAAGUUUCGUGGCAAUUUGAGCCCAGUGGAUGGCGCGAAUACGGUAAUAGAAAUUUGGGCUCUGUUUUCGCUCCAUGGGCCGCAAGCCCAAUAUCAUCAGAUAGGAGUCGGGUUUUCCGUCCGUCCGCGAAAGAUUAUUACCUUUCCAGAACGAGCGGCUUCCCCAGAGGAAAUCGGUUUUCUGCGUACUCGAAUUCUGAAACUUCACGCAACGUCAUUCCGUCUGGGAGAGUCGAGCUUCAGAGCUACGUCGCUGAGGAAAAUGGCGAUCAGAAUAGCAAGUCUUACAAUGGAUUUUCCAGAUUGGACGUCAUCAAGGAAGGAAUCAUCGGUACUAGAAAGGAGAAGAAGAAUAGUCCAUUGGCGGAAGAAGAUGAACUUAGUUUUGCGUCUUUUAGUGUUGGUCGAGAACCAGAGCUCUCGUAUACGAAACAUGAUGGUUACAGUGGCGGUCAUGGGCAGAUAGUGCCAGUGCAUUUCAGCCAUGGCGACGGCGGGUAUAGUCAUAAUGGGAUCGACAAGUUUUCUGGGUUUCGGGAAGAAGAUGAGGAGGAUAUGGAUGACUAUGAUGAUGGUGAUGAUGAUUUGGAGGCUCCAAAAGCAGUUGGAUUGUUGAGCUUGUUUCGGUACUCAACAAAGUGGGAUUUAGUGCUUGUAUUUUUGGGUUGCGUGGGGGCUCUCAUAAAUGGAGGUUCGCUUCCUUGGUACUCUUUUCUGUUUGGAAAAGCAGUCAAUAAGAUUUCUCAACAAUCCAGUGAUGGUGCUGACAGAGACCAGAUAAUGAAGGAUAUUAACAUGAUAUGCAUAUAUAUGACCGUUUUAGCUGCAGUGGUGAUGGUUGGAGCAUAUUUAGAGAUCACAUGUUGGAGGUUGGUAGGAGAGCGAUCUGCCCAAAGAAUAAGAAGAGAAUAUCUAAGAGCAGUUCUUCGUCAGGACAUUAGCUUUUAUGAUACAGAGAUCAGCACUGCUGAUAUUAUGCAUGGGAUUGCAAGUGAUGUUGCACAAAUUCAAGAAGUUAUGGGAGAUAAGAUGGCUCACUUCAUUCAUCAUUUAUGCACAUUCGUAACUGGGUAUAUAGUUGGGUUUAUAAGGUCAUGGAAAGUUGCUCUGGUGGUCCUCUCAGUCACCCCGGUGACUAUGUUCUGUGGUAUAGUUUACAAGGCCAUUUAUGGUGGUUUAUCAGCAAAAGAAGAAGCUUCUUAUAGAACAGCUGGUAGCAUUGCAGAGCAGACCAUCAGUUCAAUCAGGACUGUUUUUUCUUUUGUUGGUGAAAGCCAGAUGGCUUCAAAAUAUUCUGACCUGCUGAAAAAUUCAGUCCCGGUUGGGGUCACCAUUGGUUUUGCUAAGGGUGCAGGCAUGGGAGUCAUCUAUUUAGUAACAUACUCCACAUGGGCCCUGGCUUUCUGGUAUGGCUCUAUCUUAAUUGCCAAGGGAGAGAUUGAUGGAGGUCGGGCCAUUGCCUGUUUCUUUGGAGUCAUGGUCGGGGGAAGAGGCUUGGCAUUGGCACUUUCAUAUUUUGCGCAGUUUGCACAAGGCAUUGUUGCAGCAAGCCGAGUAUUUGAAAUCAUAGAGAGAGUCCCUGAGAUUGAUCCCUACGGCCCUGACGGAAGGAGGCUCUCUAAUGUUCGCGGAAGGAUUGAGUUCAAAAGUGUUAUCUUUGCAUACCCAGCUCGUCCUGAUGCUCUAAUCCUUAAUUCCCUUAAACUAGUUAUUCCCUCUUCAAGAACUACGGCACUGGUUGGUGCCAGUGGAGGGGGCAAGUCCACUAUUUUUGCUCUAAUAGAGAGGUUUUAUGACCCUAUUGAAGGGAUAAUAACCUUGGAUGGUCAUGACUUGAGGACACUGCAAGUCAAGUGGCUAAGAGAUCAAAUUGGAAUGGUGGGUCAGGAACCGAUUCUUUUUGCCACAACCAUUCUGGAAAAUGUGAUGAUGGGGAAGGACAAUGCCACCAAGAAAGAAGCAAUUGCGGCUUGCAUUGCAGCUGAUGCCCACGACUUCAUCUCUGGCCUACCCCUAGGUUACGACACUCAGGUUGGAGCUAAGGGUAUCCAACUCUCAGGGGGUCAAAAGCAGCGAAUUGCAUUGGCUCGAGCCAUUAUCAAAGAUCCUAAAAUCCUUCUAUUGGAUGAACCUACCAGUGCUCUUGAUGCUGAGUCAGAGUCUGUGGUCCAACGGGCUAUUGACAAGAUUUCUGCUCGACGAACAACCAUUGUUAUUGCUCACAGGAUAGCAACAGUAAAGAAUGCCCACGCUAUUGUGGUUCUUGAAAAUGGUUCUGUAACUGAGAUUGGUGAUCAUCGACAGCUUAUAGGAAAGGCAGGUGCCUACUAUAACCUUGUCAUGCUUGCUACGGAAGCCACAUCAAAACCAGGGUCUAAGAGCAUACAAAAGGUCAAUGAUUUUUCUGUCUAUGAGAACUCAGUUCCUGAUGCAUCAAAAUCAAGACAUGCUGUGGAUAUCUCAAGGUCCAAGUUCUUAAAAGCCAUUCAAGAUGAAAAACAAGCUGAUAUGGAAGAUGAGCAACAGAAGCAGCCCACAAAUUUUCAACUUUCUGAGAUAUGGAAACUGCAAAAACCAGAGUUUUUGACGCUGUUUUCAGGAUUUGCGAUGGGCAUGCUUGCUGGUGCUUUUCUCUCCCUUUUUCCAUUGAUUUUAGGCCUAGCCCUUGAAGUAUACUUUAAACAGGACACUUCAACAAUGGAAACAGAUAUUAACCAUCUAUGUUUAGUACUUGUUGGGCUAGGGCUUGGUUGCAUAAUCUCUCUGACAGGACAACAAGGUCUGUGUGGUUGGGCGGGAACUAAGCUCACAAUCAGAAUUAGAGACCUUCUUUUUCGAUCCAUACUAAGACAAGAACCAGGGUGGUUUGAUUUUGAAGAAAAUUCCACUGGAGUGCUAGUGUCAAGACUAUCUAUUGACUGUAUUAGUUUUCGAUCAGUGCUUGGUGAUCGAUUUUCUGUCCUUUUAAUGGGGCUGAGCUCAGCUGCUGUUGGGCUUGGUGUGUGCUUUAAAUUUGAUUAUAGAAUAACUUUGUUGGCUGCUGCACUAACUCCUUUCACUCUUGGUGCAAACUAUCUAAACUUGAUUAUAAACCUCGGGCCACGAGUCAACAAUGAUUCCUUUGCCAGAGCUAGUAACAUCGCUUCUGGUGCAGUUUCAAACAUAAGAACAACUAUUGCAUUUUCUGCCCAAGAACAGAUAGUCAAAUCCUUUGAUCAAGCUUUAUCAGAACCUAGGAAAAAUUCAGUGAAAAGAUCACAGAUUCUCGGUCUAAUGCUUGGGUUCUUCCAAGGUGCCAUGUAUGGAGCAUACACCUUAACUCUUUGGUUUGGUUCCCUCCUUGUAAAACAAGGCAAAGCACAAUUCGGGGAUGUAUACAAGAUAUUUCUCAUCCUUGUUUUGAGCUCAUUUUCUGUGGGACAACUAGCUGGUUUAGCACCAGAUACUUCUUUGGCAGCUUCAGCAAUUCCAGCUGUUCUAGAUAUCAUACACCGUAGACCAUUGAUAGGGAAUGAUAGGACGAAAGGAAAGAAACUAGAAAGACCAAAGCUAUUAAAGCUAGAAUUCAACAUGGUGACAUUUGCGUACCCAUCUAGGCCUAAGGUGAUAGUGUUGAGGAAUUUCAAUUUGAAGGUCAAAGGUGGAAGCACGGUUGCCUUAGUAGGGGCAAGUGGAUCAGGAAAAUCAACAGUCAUAUGGUUGAUACAGAGGUUUUAUGAUCCAAACCAGGGGCGGGUGAUGAUGGGUGGACUAGAUUUGAGAGACAUUGAUGUGGAGUGGUUGAGGAGGCAAACAGCUUUAGUGGGUCAAGAACCUGCACUGUUUGCUGGGAGCAUAAGGGAGAAUAUCGCCUUUGGGGACCCAGAAGCUUCCUGGGCCGAAAUCGAAGUGGCAGCAAAGGAAGCUUACAUUCACAAAUUCAUUAGUAGCCUUCCUCAAGGUUAUGAAACUCAGGUUGGUGAGAGUGGGGUCCAGCUAUCAGGUGGCCAAAAACAGAGGUUAGCAAUUGCAAGAGCCAUAUUGAAGAAAUCAAGGGUACUACUACUUGAUGAAGCAAGUAGUGCCUUGGACUUAGAAUCAGAGAAACAUGUCCAAGAAGCACUGAAGAAUGUUACAAGAGGUACAACAACUAUAAUAGUAGCCCACCGUCUUUCUACAAUCAGAGAGGCCAAUAGCAUCGCAGUUGUGAGAGAAGGGACUGUAGUUGAAUAUGGAAGCCAUGAUACCCUCCUUGCUUCAUAUCCCAACGGUUUGUAUGCUAACCUGAUUCGUUCUGAAACUGAAGUUAAUGCCUUUACUGGGUUUCAAUAAUCUUUCACUGUAAUAGUAUCGUUCUGAACAUAGCCUUCCGUGCUAAGGCACCCAAUGGUGAAGUAUCAUUUGGAUA